AUCUCACACACUGUCCAAUUCAUUACGAUCACAUUCUUCACAUUUAUUUAUUAUUAUUAUUCUCUUGUUUUGUGUGCCCGAUAUCGAACCUUCUUUUCUGCGAUGACGACGUGCUCGUUCUCCACCGUCGCCGGCGACCCCUUUCACCGUCGCCGGCCAUAAUCUCCGGCGUAACCUUCACACCUUCAAUCUCCCCCUUUCCACGUUCCCGUUCGUUACCACGCUUCGUUUGAUUCCCAACCCAGAUCGCAGAAAAAAGUUGAACAAGAAUAUGCUUCCUCUUAUUCGAUCCCUCUCGAUAAUGCUACUUUAUCACUCACACUAGCGUUGUGGGAAUCAAUCCCAAGAGCGUUCGUGCGUUCAAUCUCUUUCCAUAACUACCACUUUUGAUCGAUUGCGAAAGCUUUUUUCAUCGAUGGGGUUGACGGCGAAGAAGGAGAAGGAGAAGGGGUGUUGCAACCCGGUGAAGAAAGCGGGGCCGGUGACGAUGGAUCAUGUGUUGUUGGCAUCGCAGGAGACGAAGGAGGAGAGGGAGAUCAGGAUUCAAGGAAUUUUCGGUUUCUUCGAUAAGGAGAAUCGUGGGUAUUUGGAGUAUGAGCAUAUUGAGGUUGGUCUCUCUGCUCUUCAGAUUCCGGCUGAGUAUAAGUACGCUUCGGAUUUGUUGAAUGCUUGUGACAGGAACAAGGAUGGGCGUGUUGAUUAUGUGGAGUUCAAGAGGUAUAUGGAUGAUAAGGAGUUGGAGCUUUACCGCAUUUUCCAGGCCAUUGAUGUUGAGCAUAAUGGCUGCAUUGUGCCUGAGGAGCUCUGGGAGGCACUUGUAAGAGCAGGGAUUAAGAUUGAUGACGAGGAACUCGCUCGUUUUGUUGAGCGUGUUGAUAAGGAUAAUAAUGGUGUGAUAACAUUCGAGGAAUGGAGGGAUUUUCUGCUGCUUUAUCCUCACGAAGCAACCAUUGAGAACAUUUACCAUUAUUUGGAGCGGUUAUGCAUAGUAGAUAUUGGGGAACAAACUGUUAUUCCUGCUGGUGUUGCUAAACACGUUCAUGCAAGCAGGUAUUUAAUCGCAGGAGGAGUCGCAGGUGCAGCGUCACGCACAGCAACUGCACCCCUUGAUCGUUUAAAGGUUAAAUUGCAAGUCCAAACGACACGAGCUCAAAUAAUGCCUGCAGUAAAAAAUAUAUGGAAAGAAGGUGGCUUCUUAGGAUUUUUUCGAGGCAAUGGCUUAAAUGUUAUGAAGGUGGCCCCAGAAAGUGCCAUUAAAUUUUAUACCUAUGAGAUGCUGAAGACUUUUAUUGUGAAUGCUAAAGGAGAAGAGGCAAAGGCUGAUGUUGGAGCUAUGGGGAGACUGCUAGCCGGUGGUUCAGCUGGUGCUAUAGCUCAAACUGCAAUAUAUCCAAUGGAUCUUGUCAAAACACGACUACAAACUCAUGCAUGUACUAGUGGAAGAGUACCUAGUCUUGGAACCCUUUCAAAAGAUAUAUGGGUUCAUGAAGGACCCCGGGCUUUUUAUAGGGGACUGAUUCCUUCUCUUCUUGGGAUUAUUCCAUAUGCUGGCAUAGAUCUUGCUGCAUAUGAAACCUUCAAGGAUAUGUCAAAAAAGUAUAUGCUUCAUGAUGAAGAACCUGGCCCUGUAGUACAGUUAGGAUGUGGGACAGUAUCAGGAGCUCUUGGAGCAACAUGUGUUUAUCCAUUACAGGUCAUUAGAACAAGAAUGCAGGCUCAGCGCUCUACUAAUGGAAUGGCUGACGUAUUCAGGAAAACCUUGGAAAAUGAAGGAUUCAGGGGGUUCUACAAAGGAAUAUUUCCUAACAUGCUCAAAGUAGUACCAUCAGCAAGUAUCACUUACUUGGUUUAUGAGUCUAUGAAAAAAAGUUUGGAUUUGGAAUGAGGAAAUUCGCCGCUUCAUUUCAUAAUUAGUCCUGGUGACAUGGCUGACCAUUGGCAACUGUUGGAAGUGGUUUUGCAAUGAAGAUGUUGAUGAAAAGAAUAAUGUUUACAAUUGAUUAUUGUGACAAUUGUCUAAAUUCAUUCUUAUAUAAAUAACAUUACUUUCUUCAAAA